AUGUAUCUCCCAACCCUCCUCACCUCCCUCUCCCUCUCCGCCAGCACCGCCCUAGCCGCCCAAGCCAAAGUCCACAACAAAUGCGACUUCCCCGUGUGGGUAACCUCAGUCCAAGGCCAAGCAGGCCAAACCCAAAACAUACCCCCCGGCUCUACCUUCUCGGAAGAACAAAGGAAUCCAGACCGCGGCACCGGCGUCUCCAUCCAAGUAACAACGACGGAACCCGGCCCCAAUAACCCGCAGCCCAUCUUGAUCCUAGGGUAUUCAUGGAGCAACGUCACAGGGCUGUAUUAUAGCUUGAGUACCGUCAAUGGCUUCGCGUUCAAGGGGAAGAAGCUGCGCAUUCAUAAUACGGAGGGGAAGCCUGUGGAGCAGAUUCUUUGGUAUGGGGAGCCGAAGCCGGAUUAUACGGCUGCGUAUUUGAAGGGAGAGGCAGAUAUUACGCUUGAGCUGUGCGACGACUUUGCGUAG